AUGUCUGAAUCUAUUAUCGAGCUGUUUCUAAAAGACUACGAGUCCCAUCUUUCCUUUUACGGUUGGUCUUGCCUCCUACGCCAGAUACAAUGCCGCAAAGCCCUAGUGGAGAGUAGCAUCCCAGCAAUCGUCGCGGCGCGGGCCAAAAAUCCAGAACGACUGUUGGCGAAGCUUCGCCAGAGGGCCCAGGAGAAGCACUAUCAAUCUGCGGAAGACAUUUUCCGUGAUCUUGGGGACCUUGUCGGGUUAUCUACAGUGACAGCCGAGGGUCCGUAUGUGCCGCGGUUCCAUGGAUACAGGGCCACGCAUUUCCGCGUCAAGGUCCGCGAUGAGGACUUCACGGAGCCCGGCGACAACACCACCCGCCGCCAGCAAACCAUGAUCAAAGUUCAGGUGGCCUCAUUGCUCAUGCACGCCUGGUCAGAGGUUAAUCACGAUCUCGCGUACAAGACACUUAACGGCCACCUCUCCAAGGACGAGCUCCGCAUGCUGGAUGGUAUUAAUGGGCUCGUGCACACAGGUGAGGUCCUACUCAGCCAGUUCAAAGUCUCUGUGGAAGCUCGUAUUGCGGUCCAGAAACGGCGAUUCUCCAAUUACUUCGAUCUGGGCGCCUUUAUACCGCGAUACGCGCCUUAUCAUCCCCMGGGGCCCGGGGGCGCAUACCGCAUGGGCUCACUCUCCUGGCUGCUGUAUGUGACGCGGCAUCUGGGUAUUAACUAUCCUGAGGCGCUGGGGAAGCGAUUAGAGCGUUGGUCGGCGGAACCUGCGAAUCUGAUGAACUACCCCUUAGUCCAAUCGAUUCUGAACUUCAUAUUUUCCGAGUGGGAUGCACGUGCUCUGCCAACUCUGGAGCAUCUGUUCCUUCAGCCUGCGUUGAAUGACCAGUUUCGGUUGGGAACUCCAGCACUUGAGCAGAGAUUAACAGUGUAUUGUCAUAUCCUGGCGUAUGCCUGGGACGCGAAGCUGCUGCUCCUGCCUGAUGGAGGCGAUGGGAGCUCGAUCAGUCUUCCUCCGUCGUACAAAUGGCUUAAUGACGCUGGUUACCUAGUUUCUGAGACGAAAUUCAAUCCGUCUGGUGAGCAGUUAGAAGAGACAGCGGUGCAUUAG